AUGAAGACGAAAGUUUGGGAUUGGGGCACGCUGCCAAAAAAGCGGUGGUGGGGUACGGGCAGAACUGGGUGGACGUGGCGAGUGCAAUGCCAGGGCCGACGAACGACCAGUGUCGGGACCGGUGGAUCGAGCGGUAAAAGGCGGCGAGUUUCUGGAUUGACGACGAUGAUCGCCGACUGGAUCAAGCCGACACGUCCUCCGGAACCACCAAGGAAAGUCAAAGAAAAGGAAAAAGAAAGCAAUCUCAUCUGGAGGCAGCCUCCUACAUAUGCGCUUAAUGCCCCGGUUUCGGCGGUGCCUCCUUCAGCUGCUCCUGUAUUGACUACCUGGGCACUGAAUCCACAUACGAAGGGAAACCAGGCCGUUUCGGAUCCAACUCGGCAGCUGGUGUCAGCAUCCCAACCAGGUCCAGAGUCUGAUGCUAUGGAUAUUGACCCUGUGGCUCCUCAACCAAAAUCACAACCGAAAGCAAAAGGACGACGAUGGGACGGACGUAGAUACCGAGACUGCACCCAAGCCAAAGGCAAGGCAGAACGUGGAAGCGGAUGCCAGAUAUAAG